AUGGCGUGCCUCUCGGCUGCUGGGCUCCGCUCUUCGGGCUUCAAGCUUGGUCCGCAGGACUAUCUGAAGCAUUUCUUUACCCUCAUUCAUGAUCUUCCAGGUGGCCGACGAAGGUUUCUUCCCCUUCUACUCACCAAGAUAAGACAAACCCUACCUUCAAUGGUAGAGCCUAUCACUGUACAUCUCAAUCUUCAACCUAACCCGCUGGUUGCGAGCUCUACGAAAGACACGUCUACACUGGCUGUUGCCUCGAAUGAAGUUUUAGCGGAGCAAAACACCAUGGAUCCUGUCUCGGGUGACGUAGCUUCUAAAUCGGUCUCCGAUGAUUGGAUGAAUGGCAACUUCAACUACGCAGAGAUGAGCCGCAUUGGCAAUAAGACACCGGAAAUUGACGAGGCAUUCCUCCAAUAUUCGAGCUACUUCCCUUGA